AUGGGGUUCAAAUUCUUGUGGUCUUCAAAACGGGCUUCUUACGCCAGCUCCGACGAGUCUUCUGUGUUUGACUCGGCUCCGACAACCCUCAGUAUUCCCACCAUCACCGAAGAAGACUUAAACAAAACAUCAAAGCCAACCAGCUGCUAUACAACUCGGCCGCUUCUGGAGGAAACAUUGUGUUUAGAAAAGGUAGAGGACAAAACAGAACAAUAUUCACAGCACAAACGUCAACAAUAUUCGAAAGAUCCUCCUCAACCUUCAAAAAGUUCACAACAAAAAGCUUCACAGAAUCAACCGCAACCUUCACAACGUUCACCUCAAAAUUCUUCCUCCUCCUCCAGACUCGAACGCCGAAAGUCCUUCGGUUUGUUGCUAGCACAGAAAGUGUCUCGCCUAUCAGGGUCCCAUUUGAAGGAAUCCAGGCCCAAAUCGACUCUUUUUGAGUCGUCUCCAACUUCAAACACUUAUAACACCCACCGCCAACUGACAGCUCCCAAAUCACCUCCCAGAGACCCAGAGUCACCAGAAAGAUUUUCGCUGUCUCCUUCCACCCUUGUAGGUCUGGACGUUUCGCCAAAGCUUCCUUACGUUUUGGAAAACCAGCCUUCUAUCACCCAUAUAAUUGAGCCCCGCCAAAAAACCCAAAUACCCACUUUUUUCCACGCCCGGCCCCAGCUGCUGACGUUCGAGCUUCCUGUUAAAAAAGACCAGAUUUUAAAAAUCAAGAUCUUUGUCACCUCGUCCUCCAGCUCCACCAGCGACGUGAUCGCACUCAAACUCAAAAAACAAAAACUCCAGAACAUCCACGAGUUGAUCCAGGUGAUCCAGUUCAAAGUUGGGUUUCGGCUCGCCGCGGUGGAAACCUCCGAUAUCAAGCUCUCGAUUUUUUUCAAAAACCCAAAACUCAAGCCCAUACCGUUGCUGCAAAGUGACAGCGCUGGUCGCUCUCUCGACUCCAACUUGCUCAUGGACUAUAUUAUUGCCAAGGACAAGCUCUAUGUCAAUGCGUGUGUAGAUGUAAACUAG